ACAUAUCACAAUCAAAGAGGUUAAAGUCUCAACAACCUUACUCACACACACCUUCCACGUCAUCAUCACCACCUUCACAACACACAUUGCGUGAACAAAACAAAACAAAACAAAACAAACAUAUUAUUACAACGUUUUUUGUUCGGUUUGUUUCACAACGUUGACCUUUCUUUGUGUCCCUUGGAUGGGAAAUUCUUUCGGAUGUUCUGCCUCCGGCGAGAGACUGGUAUCGGCGGCGAGGGAUGGUGACCUUGUUGAGGCGAAGAUGCUUUUGAAUUGUAACCCUUAUCUUGCUAAAUACUCCACUUUUGGUGGUCUUAAUUCUCCUCUUCAUUUUGCAUCUGCAAAGGGUCAUAACGAGAUUGUUGCAUUGUUGCUUGAGAAUGGAGCUGAUGUUAAUUCAAGAAAUUAUUCUGGCCAGACGGCAUUGAUGCAAGCUUGUAGAUAUGGUCAUUGGGAAGUUGUGCAAACACUUUUACUCUUCAGAUGCAAUGUUAUGAGAGCUGAUUAUCUUAGUGGGAGGACAGCUCUUCACUUUGCAGCGAUGAACGGGCAUGUAAGAUGUAUUAGACUUGUUGUGGCUGACUUUGUUCCGAGUGCUCCUUAUGAUGUGAUACAUGCUCGAUCAGAUGCCGAACAAGGUGGUGGAUCAAAUGUAAAAGGCAAAAAUGAACAAAGUGCUUUGUCCAAGUUUGUAAAUAAGACAGCUGAUGGUGGUAUCACUGCCCUUCACAUGGCUUCGUUAAAUGGAUACUUUGAUUGUGUGCAACUGCUACUUGAUCUUAAUGCAAAUAUGUCUUCUGUGACAUUUCAUUAUGGAACAUCAAUGGAUUUAAUAGGGGCUGGAAGCACUCCUUUGCAUUACGCCGCAUGUGGGGGAAAUUUAAAAUGCUGUCAGAUCCUCCUUGCAAGAGGUGCAAGUCGGAUGGCUUUGAAUUGCAACGGGUGGCUUCCUCUUGAUAUUGCUCGGAUGUGGGGGCGUCAUUGGCUUGAACCGUUGCUGGCACCCAUUUCUGAUGCCGUAACACCUUCCUUCCCUCAUUCAAAUUACUUGUCCUUGCCUCUCAUGAGUGUUCUCAACAUAGCCAGAGAGUAUGGAUUGCGAUCAUCUACAACUUCCUCUGAUGAGAUUGAAUUUUGUGCUGUAUGCCUGGAGAGGCCAUGUUCAGUGGCUGCAGAAGGAUGUGGACAUGAACUUUGUGUGAGAUGUGCGCUCUAUCUUUGCUCGACAAGCAACGUUUCGUCUGAAAUGCUUGGCCCCCCUGGCUCUAUCCCUUGCCCCCUUUGUAGACAUGGAAUUGUCUCUUUUGUCAAGUUGCCAGGUUCCCAAGCAAAAGAAAAUAAAUUACACGUGUCUCUUGGCCUCUGCACUCCAUGCAUAUUACAUCCACGCGACAUAGAUCAUCCAUCUCUUUCUCACACACCAGAGAUCCAAAGAAACUGUGUUGAUUCUGUUCCUUCAGAGUUACUCUGUCCUGUUACAUGUAGUCCAUUUCCAUCUAUGGCAAUGCCUUUAUGCACCUGCAACGAAGGUUCGUGUCCAUCAUUUGAACCACGAGGCGUAGAAACAAGAGACGAAUCACCUCGUCACUCACAGACAUCAACAACGGAUCAGGAUAAAAUUGAAGGGCCGAAACUGGAUAAAACAACUUGCUCGAAUAUGUUUUGGGGUAGAAGAAGUUGCAGCAGGGAGCACCAAUGCAAUUCGGAAAUAAAUGCUUGAACUAUUUUUGUGCUUGUGGAUAUUAGGUACAUUUUUUUAUCAACAGAGCUUUCCACAGUUUGUCUUACUGACCAGCCUCAAAUGGUGGAACUAGGUAGAUAUAUCAGAGAGACGAAAAGCGGUUCUGCAGAUCUCCUUUACUUCAGAGGCUGUGUACUAGUUGACAGAUACAAUUCUCUGGUAUUUCAGACACUCAAUCAUCAUCUUCAUGCUCUCUUAUGAUAUGUAGGAGAGCCUGUGUAAAAUUAGUUUCAGUACCGGGAGAUUGUGAUUGUGAUUUAUUGUGAUUGGAUUUCAUUUUAUGAAAGAAAGGUGUUUUUUAAGCCUAGAAAAUUUAACCUCUGUAUAUCAUGUUUGUCACUAAUUUUAUAAAUUUACAAAGCACAAAUCUAAGGAAUUGGAACCACUUGCUGAUGAAAUUAUAAAUACCUUUUUUGGACUAUAAGGUUUAUUUCAUCAACGUUUA